UCGAAAUCCGUCCCGGGGCUGUCCCGGCCGCGGCGGCCAUGGAGGACCCGGACCCGGACCCGCGCCUCCUGGCCUUCCUGCAGCCCAUCCGCGACCUCACCAAGAACUGGGAGGUGGACGUGGCGGCCCAGCUGGGCGAGUACCUGGAGGAGCUGGAGCAGAUACGCAUUUCGUUCGAUGGCGGCAAAACCACCAUGAACUUCAGUGAGGCAGCACUGCUGAUCCAAGGCUCAGCCUGCAUCUACAGUAAGAAGGUGGAGUACCUCUACUCUUUGGUUUAUCAGGCGCUCGACUUAAUCUCCAAUAAGAAGCGGGAGAAGCUGCCAACAUCUGUGGGAGAAGAUGGGGUAGACGCAGAUGUCAGCACCGGGCCAGCAUCGGAAGAGGAAAAGUUCCUGUCUCUGGAUGACAUUCAAGAGAGCAGCAGAGCAAGCAUGGACUUGAGGGAUAACCACCGGCACAGCGCAGUCAGUGUCGUCCCCUUGACUCCAAUGGCCCUGGUUCCCCCAGAGGAAGCAGAAAAGAAGGGCAAUCCCCUGUUUAGCCGGAAAGGGGAGAUCUUGGCGAGCCGGAAGGACUUCUGCAUGAACACAUGCACCCCUCAUGCCAACGGCGCCUUCAUGGUGGAGCUGGCAGGACUCUCACCCACACAGUGCCCACCUGGGAGGAAUGACGAAUGGGACGGUGGCAACUCCGUGGGAGCCCAGCGUCUUGCCCCAGCGGCUGUUUCUGCCCCCAUGGAGAUCAGUGGGUGUGAGAUGCCAGUUCUUGCCCUGAACUUCUCUGGGGAAGGAGCAGACGCAGCAGAACCCGCGUGCGAUGACGACGAUGACAGAGGCGUCGGCGACUUCUUGCUGGAUGACUCGCAUGGAGGCCCAGAUGCUCCUGCAACGGCCGUGGAACACGCUCUGCCCCAUGCGAGUGUCCCCCAAAGGAAAGGAUACAUGUUGCGGGAGAGACCUCCGGCCCCAGAGGCCAAUGCCCCUGUAAAGGAGACGCUGGACCCCUGGCACAGCCUGGACCCCUUCAGCUCCUCAGAUGAGAAGCCCCUGAAGAAAGGCAAGCCAUUCACGGUGCCUCGAAGCCUGGAUGACCUGCCGGGCACCAAACGGAAGAGGAGGAUGUCUGGCAAACUGCAGGAAUUCACCAAGUGGUUCUCGGCCACAGAGCACAACAGAGCUGACAACCAGAGAAGCAAGAAGAAAGGCCCGACGUUUGCCGAUCUGGAAAUCCUGUACUGGAGGCACGUGAAGGAACGCCUGGCCGCCCAGAGGAAGUUGCACAGGCGGAUGUUAGAGCGAGGGUUACUGCUGGCCCCAGCGCAGGAGGAGCUGCCCCUUGAAGAGGAAGAGGCUGACCCACCAGAGGAGGAGCGAGACGAUGGCGCCCUGGAUAACGCCAUGGACGAUGGAGGAGAAGAUGAUUUUCUGGAACAGCCCGAUAUUCCACCACUAGAAGCCACAGAGGAGGCGGCGCCAGAGGGUCUCCACGAACCCCCUGACUGCCUCAGUUAUGAGGAACUGGUACGGAAGAACGUGGAGCUGUUCCUUGCCCAUUCCAAAAAGUAUGCUCGAGACACGAUGCUCUCGCGGCGCUUCCAGGACUGGGAGGAGAAGAUGCGGCCGCAGCUGGAGGAGCAGGAAGCGCACGAAGCCUUCGACAUCCACCGCUACGGGGACCGCUUGGUGUCCCGCCUGGGCCAGGUGGGCGAGUGGCGCUCCUUUGCCAGCCUGGUGGCUGGGCAGCCGGCCUUCGAGGUCUGCCGCUGCCUGCUGGCCUCCCUGCAGCUUGCCAACGACUACACCGUGGAAGUCUCCCAGCAGCCUGGCCUCGAGGAAGCGGUGGACACCAUGGGCUUGCGCCUGCUGAGCCGGGAAAAGGCCCACGAGCGCUUCAAGACGUACUUGGCCCCCUCCCUUGCCCAGCCGGGACCUCUCUCCUCCCCACCUGUGUGAUCAUCUAUCUCCUCUUUGUGCAGUUCCUCCAGCCUUGGUCCCACCCUUCCUGCCGCUCCCAGGAGCAUCUGGCCCAGCUCCUCGUUGCCAAUUUGCUUUGCCGCAAUAAACUCCUUGUGUAUUGGGUGUGUCAUUGCUGGGCCCUUUGGAGUCUUAGGCCCCUCCUCCUCCGAGAGGGGGUGCAGCUCAGCAGUCCCCCGGCCCUCUCCAUGCAGGCCCAGGGACCAGUGCUCUGCCUGCCCUCCGGCCAGAAGGGCUGUGGCUGUGGAUCGCCUGCCUCGGCAUCGCUAAACACCCAGCUUGAGUGCUGCGCGGCCAGUCCUGUGGUGGAGGAGGGAAAGGAAGGCCGGGGCAUCGCCUGUCUCCAAAGAAGAUGCUUUUGCGUGUAAUUAGUUCCUUUCAGCACGGCGGCUUGUUCGCAUUUACUGAUAGGAUCCAGACGAAGCCUCCCUGCCGCCGAAUGCAGCUUCCCUGCCUCUCUCCUUCCCAUGAAAUUCUGUCCUGGAAGAUGUGGGACUCUGAGGAAUAGCCGGAACCGGGAGGAGGGGUUGCAUUGGCAAGGGGGGGGAUUGGUGGAAAUUGCCAGUUCAGUCGGGAUCCCGGGGUACCCUUAAAGGAUCCUCUGAGCCCCACAGUGGUGCUCACAGAGGAAAGGGGCUCCUGUUAACUGCAUGUGCUUCCCUCUCCGUCAGCAUUUCUUUCCCUCUUUUAUACUUCAAAAUUACACACACACCAACAGGAGGAUGCCUGUUCUGCCUCUUCAUGAGUCACUGAUCUAUUUAUCCCUUGAGCUGCCUCCCCCAGGGCGUGGCACUGAGGUAGCAAUGCGUUACAGUGCCUGGAGAAGGGCGCUCUGACUCUCAAAAGCUGGCCCUCUGAAAAUCCGAUUGGUCUCUAAGGGGCCACUGGAUUCAAAUCCUAAUUUCUGGAUGCACGCGCACAUUGCGCAAAAGGGGACACAGCGAGAGGCAGGAGCCUGGGAAAACACGAAAGGGAUUUUCCCCCAUUGCUCUGCUGAUGAAUUUGGGGGAGUGCUGGGAAAAGACUCUUACAAAGUAUUUUCUCCUUUAGAAUGAGUGAGAUUCUGCUUAAGGCAAGGUUUUUCAAAAUAUAUCACCUAAGAAGUCUUUUGAGUUUUUCCCCAUAAAAAAACUGGGAAAUCUUAGGAACCCCUGGAAUGGGGGGGGGAACCCCCCCCUUUUUUUAGUAUGAAUAAAAUGCAAGACAAGGUUUUACUCAAAAGAUGCAGUAUGAAAAUUUUUAUGUAAGACAAUCUACAUCAUUAGAAAAUAAUUCCUAUGUAUAUUUGAUAAAUACAACAUUUUCAGUCAUUUUUUGUUCAAAUAUGCUCUGUUUAAUAAUACAUUAUUAAAGAGCGCAGAGUUUUCAGUGUCAAACUUUAUAACUCCGUAUCCCAUUAUGUUGGUAGUCCUACCUACUGUAACUUUGAGUGUUUCUGCCCACAUAAUAUACUUUAAGACAGAAUUCAUUUUCUAUCUUCAACUUUUAUUUUUUUUCUCCUACUUCUCAGAUGGCAGAAAUUAAGGUAAAUGGGGCUCUGCAGGGCUUUUUUUUCUGGGGGAAAAGUGGUGGAACUCAGUGGGCUGCCAGCAGAGGGGGCAAC